CAAAAAGAAAAUAACAGCAGCAGCUCCCAGGAAGAACAGGCAUUUACAGUGCAUUGCUAUUCCACCAUGUGGUAAUAUCCUCAGCGUUACCCAAAAGACAGUGAACCACACUUUGAGCGGCUGACCUCAACAAUCCUGCACCUGCACCAGCUGCUUACAUGGCCCACCCUUACGAGCCCUGGUUACGGACAGCACCACCUAGUGGAAGCUCAGAAGACAUGAACAUCCCGUCCUGGUGGGACCUCCACAGGGACGUCCAACCAGGCAGCUGGAUAGACCUGCAGACAGGGCAGGGUGUUGGCUUGCCUUCGGUGAGUCCAGGAAGCUCCAUGGGAUUGCAGCCCUCUUUAGGGCCCUACGGUUCUGACCCACAACUGUGCGCCCUACCUCCAGCUCAGCACGCUCCAGUCUCACACUCACCCCACCUCUUCCCCCAGGAUAGCUUCAAAAUGGAGCCAAUGGCUCCUGAAAUGAUGCAGCCAGAGCCAUUCUCUCUGGAUGAACCUCAGGAGACCUCUGUUUCUGCCCGCCCCAAGCCCCAGCGUCGCUCCUCUUCCAGAGGCACCGGCCAAGCUGUGUGUCGCUGCCCUAACUGUGUCCAUGCUGAACAGCUGGGCCAGAGCACUGAUGACAGCAGGAGGAAGCACAUGCACAACUGCCAUAUCCCUGGCUGUGGCAAAGCCUAUGCCAAGACCUCCCAUCUGAAGGCUCACUUACGAUGGCACAGUGGUGAUCGGCCAUUUGUCUGCAACUGGCUCUUCUGCGGUAAGAGAUUCACGCGCUCUGAUGAACUGCAGCGCCACCUACAGACACACACCGGAGCCAAGAAGUUCAGCUGUGCAUUAUGCCCCAGAGUCUUUAUGCGCAAUGACCACCUGGUGAAGCACAUGCGCACACACGAGUCCCCACCAGGGCCUGGGGAGGAGAGGAUAAACGGAGCUGGGAGGAUGGAUAAGGGUUUUGAUACACCUACCCCUCCUCAGUCAUCCUCAAACAUAUCUGCAUGUGACACCACAGAGCCACCGCUGAAGCUGAAAUGUGAGACAGACUCCUCAGUCCCAAGUGUGACAGGGCAGUCUGGGUAA